AUGUGCUGUUCCACCCCCCCCGUUUUGUUAGCGUGUUGGGGCUUCCAGGGGGGCCUCGUCGCCACGGCUGGCUUCGCCUCCGAAUCCCCGUCAGAAUCCCCCGGGAGAGAUAUGGGGAGUAGCGGUAUCGUUUUUUGUGUGUUCCCCCAGGUUGUAGAUUGCUUGCUCAUCUCGGUUGGUGCUCGGGCGACGCUUUGCCGUUGGCGCGAGCUCCUUCCGAAGACGGCCGACGACGGUGCGCGCAGCCAGCUGGAAGGGCAGACGGUAGGCGAGUGGUGCUCGCGGCACGUGCAGUUCGCGAUUACGUUCAUGCAGCUGUUCUGGGCUCUCUGCUCGAUGGGGUCUGUGUUCAACACCCUCGCAGGCUCGGCGGCUGCCAGCGGUAGUCUUGCUCCCAGGUGUCCCCAGCUUCUCGCGCCAUUGUGGCGGGAGGGGUGCUCGGAGGAGGAGGAGGAGGAGCCGGCUGGGCCUCCUUGCUGA